GACCCAGGGCCUAUCUGCCUUCUACAGACAUUUGAUAAAAUCAGGAACUUCGCAUACAACUCGGGAAGAAGUUCACCUCCAAACCUAUUAGGGCAAACUAUGAAAACUUGUUAGGGUCCUCUUGUCCUGAGAUCCACCACUGCUAAGGGACUUCACGGAGUCCAAGGAUCUCACUUUUUUUCUUUUUUUUUAAUUUUCUCGUUAUUUUUCCUUUUUUCCCCACCAUUUUUAAAUAUGAUAUUUUGCAAGUCAGUUAUUCUGGAUGUUUGAAAACUGAAUUAAGAAAAAUUCACUCAGAAGUUGGCUGAAUGUUGCAAGCUUGCAAGAUGGAAGGAUUUCCCCUUAUUCCCCCUCCCUCUGAAGAUAUGGUACCCUAUGAGUCAGACCUCUACCGACAGCCCCAUGACUAUUACCAGUAUCUCAACAGUGAUGGAGAGAGUCAUGGUGAUCAUUAUUGGGAAUAUCAUCCACACCACAUGCACAGUGAAUUUGAGACCUUUGGAGACAACCAUUUCACAGAGCUGCAGAGUGUGCAGCCUCCCCAGCUGCAGCAGCUCUACAGGCACAUGGAGAUCGAGCAAAUGCACGUCCUGGAUUCUGCAAUCCCAACCACACACAUUGGACUCAACCAUCAGGUGUCCUAUUUGCCCCGGAUGUACUUCUCUCCACCUCAGCCCAGCUCUGAUGAGGAGGACAUAGAGAGGCAGAGCCCCCCCUUGGAGGUUUCAGAUGGGGAGAAUGAUGGUGUGGAGCCUGGGCCUGGAAUUAUUCAUGGAGAAACAGGCAGCAAGAAAAAGAUACGUCUGUAUCAGUUCCUUCUGGACCUUCUUCGCAGUGGGGACAUGAAGGACAGCAUUUGGUGGGUGGACAAGGAGAAAGGUACUUUCCAGUUCUCCUCCAAACACAAAGAAGCACUGGCGCAUCGCUGGGGUAUCCAGAAAGGCAACCGCAAGAAAAUGACCUACCAGAAGAUGGCACGGGCUUUGAGAAACUAUGGCAAGACAGGGGAGGUCAAGAAAGUUAAGAAGAAGCUGACCUACCAGUUUAGUGGAGAGGUGAUGGGAAGGGGGGCCACUGAUAGGAAGCAUUAUCCUCACUGAGGCCAUGGGACCCUAAGCAACAAAAAUAUUGAGAGCUCCUGGCUGGAUUCCAGCAGAGGAGAUGGACGCAUCUUUCUCUUUGCUUCCUGUGCCCCCUUCUCUGCCUUUAAACAGCCUUUAUCAUCAGAUGUUUCUGGUACGAAUCCCCUUCUUCAGCAUCUGAGAACCCCAAUCAUGACAGAAUUGUUUGCUUCCAUCCUCCAAGUUGGACAGAGUUGGGAAAUUUAA